AUGGCUUUGCUAAAGUUGUCUCUCUUGGGACUGUUUUUGCUACUAACCAUCGUCGUGGUCUCUUCAGUAACAGCCGAUGGACCUGUUUGCUCGCCGUCGACAAAACUAAGCCUGAGAUGCAAUAACGAAAAGAGCAGUGUUGUUGCUGAUUUCUUCCAUCGUUAUAAGGUGCUAAGUGAGUACCCUGUUUCCGUUAAGUAUUUGUUGUUGUUUAUAGUUCUUGUUUUUUAUUUUGUAUUUAUUGAUAGACAAGAUCUAAUGGACUAUUGGUCUGUAAUUCCUAUUGGCCGGGGACCAAAAAAUUUGUUGGUGUUCAGUAUUUUAUUUUAUUUCAAUUUUUGU